AUGUUGGGCAAUGAAUGGAGUUCAGAAGACGCAGCAACAACAGCAGCAGCAGCAGGGAGAUUAUUUAUGAUGAUGAAAAUUCAUUCUUAUGGUCGGUCUUUCGCUCAACUUGCAGCAUUACCACCGCUCGCUGUUCCUGCUUUAAGGGUGGUUGUGGAAUUAACAAUCGACAAAAUUUAUUUAUUUAUGAUGACUCGACUUCAAUUUUUGUCUACUUCUGUGAUCAACAUUAUCAUCAUCAGAGAAGGGCGAGAAUAUUAA